AUGACAUCCCAAGAAUCAGGCAAGAACAACAGCGUCCAGGACGAGCCGUUCAAGAAGCAGCUUGAUAAGGCUGCGGACGAGACUCGAGAGAUGGAAAACCAGAAGCCCAACCCCAUUGUCGAGAAGAUCACAGAAUACGUCCCUGCAGCUGCCAAGGUCUUGCCCGCUCGUCAGAGCCCUCCCAAGGAAGAGGACAAGCCUUCAGGACCUCCCGAGCGACCCCAUCAUGAUCACAAGAUUGAGGACUUUGUAAGGGACCAGCACAGAAGUCAGGGUCUUGAUGGUGUUUUGGGAAACUAUCCAAAUGACGAGUAA